GGGCGAUCAGUUUGACUUUUGAAUUCGUCGCGAUGUUUUCGAUUAACGCCGUGAUCCUGGGCAUUUUGGUUACUUCCGUUAUGGCCCAGGAUGCAAGGGGAACGUGUGAACUGAGCAUCGGUUCUCCGGCUCCGGUUGUUAUUAGCAAUUUUGGCUCCCAGCGUUUAUUGUUCGAUUCCGUGCGAAAAUUAGAACGGGAAAAUUACCAGACCAUUGACCUUUUCUGCGCGAGCGGAUUUUCCAUAGACUAUUACAACUAUUACAACAACCAGAUCUCGACUACAAUCAAAGCGACUAAACUUACAAUGACCUGCGACCCUAUUCAUCGGUUUACCUAUAAAGAUGGCAUAAAAGAUGUAAUUAGUGUUCGGUGUCUGGAGGUCGGCCCUCAGUUGUUUGAGAGCAUGAACAAAUUGCCAAAUUGCACGGGCAUGACUCUAGUUGUCGGAAGAAAAUUCGAUGGCAUUGGUUUAAUAAAAUAUUCAGCAUUGUGCUAUGAUUUGGCCGCAUUUCAAUUGAAAUAUAUUGGUUAUACCACAAAUUUCAAUAAUAUCCAGAUUUUCCCAGAGACCCAAUUGGGACAACUUAACGAUAUCGGACUUGAUACUCCUAUCAGUUACCAAAAAAAUCUAUUCGAGACCAUCAGCAAGAGUGAACUUGAUGCGUACUUGGCAAAGGAGAAGCAGUUGUUCACGGAGGACACUUUUCAGGUUGGCAGUUUGGUCCAGGAUGAGAUGGUUAGUAGACACUUGGUUGUCUACGAGGACUUGCUGACCACCGUCUGGUUGGAGGUUCUGCGUUCCGGCAACUGGAAGCAUUGGACGAAGGCAAUGCGUGAUGCCAUCGGUGUCCACUUCGACAUUCGUUUGGGUGUUUCCGGAACCGUGAAGCUGCCGACGUUCGCCGGGCAAUCAUGCAACGGAAGCCGAUCGCUCAACAUUGAACUGAUUGGUGGCAAAUUCCUGCCCAUUCCCGCCCACAUUUGGGCCCAUGUUCACGCUGUGGAAAAGUCCGGUACCGGACAGGAUGAGUUCGUCAUCAUUGGACACAACUCGCCCUUCUAUCGCAGUGACUUAAGCAAUCUGUGCCCCUCGAUGUGCAACCAAGUGUCCUGGCUGAGGAACACCCUCUUCUCCAGACUCCACGAGUUUCCCGCCUUUGGAAUGGUGCAGUGCUGCCGUGUGGAGGAUGUGGCCCACAAACUGGACAAUUUUCCCGGUCCCUUUGAGAAUGAAAAUAUGAAUGUCAGCAGGACAACCGAGGCUACCACAAUAUAAACAGUUCCCUUUAUAUUAUCCCUCUGUUCCAACAAAUAUGGGACUCUUUGUGUACAUGCAAUUUGUAUAAAGCGCCUUUUAAUGCAUUAAAAUGCAUUUAAUGCAAUAAUACUUGUCUAUAUAAUCAGCCCGUAUUGCUUUGUAUCCGUAUACGAUCCUUAAUUCCAGUAAUAAAGUCACAAUUUGCGCAUAUUUGAAUCUUU